GACCCUGUUAUUAUUAUUCAUGGUGCAUUUAAUGUCAUCCUGAAUGCAGAACAUAGCACAAUGCGUGUAACGGUACAGAUUUGAUUAGAUUAACUUUUAACCGGUGCAUUUUAACGCGAUUGGAAACGUGACGAGUGAGUCCACAGAUUUAUUGAUAGGUCAACAUCACAAGCAGCCGAAAUCACAUUUGCAGGUACUUGGAUACUCGAUAGGAAGACAACUAACGGGAUCGGUUGGAAUUUUUCCAUGGAGACUGAGAUAAAGCAAGAAGAUGUGGGAGAGGACAUACUUUUUCGGUCCAGGGAGACGUCCAAUACAUCCAAUAAUACACAGAGGACAAGGAAAUACUCUCGCAAGAAGCCUGCAGAGGUAGAUGACUUCAUUGUUGUAAAGACCGAAGACGAGGAUGUACAGAUCAGCAGUGAAGUUAAACCAGAAUCUGAAGAAGAAUCUGGUGAUGAUGCCCAGUCAAAAGGGCCUUCAGCAAAUCCAAGACCUAUCGCCUCAGACGUGGACAUGAUGGGAGCCUCGCACAUUCCCAGGGAGAGGUUCUUCCACAACGGAAAGGAGCUGGACCUUGGAGAUAUGCUGACAACAAUGGCAGGUGCAUCUGUACCGAAUAGUCAACAGGGAAGUACAGAUAGCUCAGAGGAGGAAGAUAAACAAGUGGAGGAAGACACUGAGGAGGAGGGAGAGGAGGAGAUGGAAGAUGAGGAGGUGGAGGAAGACACUGAAGAUGAUGAAGAUAAAGAGUCUAGCAGAAAGGAGAAGAAUGUCAGGACACCUGCAAAGGAACAGAAGCCUUCUUCGAGCUUAAAUCCCCAAACACAGGAAGAAAAUAUUGUUGAACUCUCUAGGAAGUAUCUGACAGAUUCCCAAAAGGAGAUUGUAGAGAGAUUGGUAGAGAGUAAUAUAAACAUCUUGAAAACAAUAACCACGUCUUUGGAGCAAAGGGAAGAGAAGAUGUCCUUAUGGCGUACUAUAGCCAAAGAAGUGAACUGUGAAGCCAGCCGAAAGGAGAUAAAUCCAGAAGAACUCAGGACACUCUGGAGUAAACAUUUGUUUCUGAAGCAUGUGUAUUCCAGGAAAAGUAUGACCAAUGAGUCUGAUAGUAGAGGAAAUGUUGGCACCACUCAGGUCUUCAAGACAUUGAUUGCCAAAAGAGGAGCACCACAGAAGGACAAGAAGAGCCAGGAUCCCUGUAUUCAGAACGCCGAGAAAGGCCCAGCCAGCAAGUCAUGCGACCUGUCUGAGGAAGAGGAACGGGUGUAUGAUGAACAGAUUGCAAAGUUUUGGAAUGUAUUCACAGCCUGUGAUCAACAGCGAAUCAUGAAACUGAAGGAAGUGUGGUCUGAGAUCACUCUGAAGGUCAAUGAGGUCAACAAGGGACGUGGGAGAACAGUUCGUGAACUUCAGAGAAGACUGACGUCGUCGCUCAUCAAGCAGAAGAAAUCUCAGUCAGUUGGUCAACAGGUGCUUGUUGGUAAUAACAGUAGAGAGUUUCCCCAGACCCCCAAGACUGCUGAUACUCCGGAGCCUCCAGGAGAUGUUCCCAUAAAGAUUGAGAUUGACAAUGCAGAGUCGGAACAGAGUGAGAUCCUCCAUGUUGUCCGGAACAGAGAUGAGGAGACAGAGACGUUACCCACUAUGGAGACAGUGUCAGUACAUCAUCUACCAGAUCAUGGUACAGGCGUUGUAGGAACAAACUCUGAUUCUUCUGGGGAGGAGGCUGUCACCGUGAAGGAGGAACCCCUUGAUGGCUCUGUCAGUCAGCCUGUCACCUCUCAUCUCUACACAGAUGACAUGGGAUCAAGGUAAAGGCAUGGAAAUGACUGUCAGGGAUAUGGCUUACAUAGAAGAACAAGU